CACAAAAUUCACAUAAGCUAGCGAAUAAAAAAUAAAAAUGACAAAAAUAAUUUAGAAAAAAAGCUUGGUGGUCCGCAUGAAACGGAAAAGAGCCAAUGUGACGGUGUCUUUAUUUUCUUCUUUUCCAUAAAAAUAAUGUCGACAAUCCCGAGUGUCAAGAAGCUUAACCAAACUGUUGUUAAUCGGAUAGCAGCGGGGGAGGUUAUUCAACGCCCUGCCAAUGCAGUCAAGGAACUACUGGAAAACUCCAUUGACGCAGGCUCGACACGAAUUGAAAUACUUGUAAAAGAAGGAGGACUUAAACUUUUACAAAUUCAAGACAAUGGUCAUGGCAUUCGAAAAGAAGACAUGGACAUUGUCUGUGAACGUUUCACCACCAGUAAACUCGCUUCCUUUUCGGACCUGUCAAGUAUUGCCACACAUGGUUUCCGUGGUGAAGCUUUAGCCAGUAUCUCCCACGUUGCCCAUGUCACCAUUACCACGAAGACAAACUCUUCCCCAUGUGCGUACCGUGCUCUUUAUGCCGAUGGUAAGCUCGUACCUGCUAAACCAGGCCAAAGCUCAGAUCCUAAACCUUGCGCCGGAAACAAUGGUACUCAAAUCACGGCCGAGGACUUGUUUUUCAAUACCCCUUCCAGAUUAAAGGCUCUUAAAUCUCCCAGUAAUGAAUAUAACCGUAUCUUGGAUAUCGUCACACGCUAUGCUGUGCAUAAUUCGGGUAUCAGUUUUACAUGUAUCAAGCAAGGUGCAAAAUCCUCUGAUAUUCAAACAUCUAUGGAUGCAAGCAGAAUCGAUACUAUACGACGUCUUUACGGUGCUGUUGCUUCUGAACUUUUACCCAUUGAGAAAUCCUUUGAUGACCUCGGUUUUAAAGCAAACGGUCUUAUCUCCAACGCAAAUUACAAUAUGAAGUCCAUGACUCUUUUACUAUUUAUCAAUCAUCGAGCGGUGGAGAGUUCAGCUAUAAAACGAGCUAUUCAAACUGUAUAUGCUUCUUUAUUGCCAAAAGAUGCUCAUCCUUUUAUUUACCUUAGUCUCGAGAUUGAUCCCAAGAACGUUGACGUCAAUGUACAUCCGACCAAAAAUGAAGUGCAUUUCUUGGACCAAGAUCGUAUCAUUAACACUCUAAUCGAUGCUUUUCAAACUGCCUUGGAAGAUGCCAAUCAUUCUAGAACUUUUUAUGUGCAGACCACUCUUCCAGGGGCGAGUGGCCCCUCAGAACAAGUUGUAGAUGAGGAGGAUAAACAGGUGACAGGUAAUAAACCUGUAGGAAACAAGCCUGUAGCAGAAUAUCGAUAUGUUAGAACGGAUAGUACAGCAACGACAUUGGACGCAUUUUUGAAAAAACCAUCAAAUGAUGACAUGGAUGUGGAUGUGGAUGAGGGCAGGGUGCAUGUGAAUUUAGGUAGCAUACACACAUUACGUAAAGCCAUUGCCAAAGAGGAAAAUCAGGAGUUGACAUAUGUGUUCCAUCAUCACACAUUUAUUAGUUGUGUAGAUGAUACAUUUGCCUUGAUCCAACAUGAACAAAAUAUUUACAUGGUGAAUUAUAAUGUGGCCAGUGAAGAGUUAUUUUAUCAAGUGAUCAUGGGACAGUUUCAGAAUAUGGGAAAAAUAGAACUUAAUCCCACGUCGAUUAAAGAACUCAUCUUGAUUGCAAUCACGCUGGAGGAAGCAAAAGGAAAUUUACCGAAUGACAUCAAAAGUCCAGAUGACAUUGCCGAGUCUAUUUCAGAAUUGAUUAUAUCAAAAAGAGAUAUGCUGAAGGAAUACUUUUCAUUGGAGAUAACAGAGGAAGGCAAUCUUAUCGUAUUACCGAUGGUGAUUCGAGAUUACGUGCCAUGCAUGGAUAAAUUACCGCUCUUAUUUUUAAGAUUAGGAACAGAAGUGGAUUGGGAGACUGAGAUCGGUUGCUUUGACUCAUUGUCUCGAGAAUUGGCCAUGUUUUAUAGUUUAGAUGCUCCCCUGAACAAAUCAAAUAAGGACGAAUACCGGUGGAAAGUACAGCAUUUAGUCUUUCCAGCCUUCAAGACUCAUUUUGCUGCUCCCAUCAAAUUAAAACCUUAUGUCACACAAGUCGCUAAUUUAACAGAUCUUUACAAGAUCUUUGAAAGAUGUUAAGAAUUAGAAUAAACCCUUUAUUAUUAUCAU